UUUCCGUUCAUAUUUCCACUCUCACCAAAUCUGUUGCCAGCAGUUAUCAUCUUUAUCAUAAUACGCGUACCACGCAAUGUAAGCAGGUGCAUUCAAAAAUUUACGUGCUACCGUUGUUAUUCAUUCAAUCUGCAACAGAAAGUUAUCAGCAGCUAUAUAUACCUCAUCAAGGUUGACCUGCCAUUUGGUUUGAACCCAGCUAUGCUAGUUUAUCAUGUACCAGCUAUCAACCACGACAAUGUUCUUGUACAUAGUCAUUGCCUUCGUCAUUAGCAUUUGGUACGUGAUAAGACACUGGAAUCUAUUGAAACUUAUUGUCAAAUGCAUAUAUGCGUACAUAAGAUGCCCAGGUAGGGGCUUAGAACUGUUGGGUAUGUUUCAAGACGCAUUUCCAGAUAUAUUCAGAGUGCGCUUCAGCAUUAAAACAGUCUACGUCCUUGCAAAACCGGAAUACUACGAGAAGGUACUGUCUAGCCCUCUUGCAGUUGACAAACCUGAAGUGUACACGCUUUUAGAUCAAUUUCUAGGUCCCAACAUUUUCACAGCUGCAGAAAACUUGUGGAGGCAGCAAAGGAGGCUACUGAAUCUCUCCUUUAGCCAAAAGCGCAUUGACUCGCACUCGGAAAUUUUUCUGGAAGAAGCUGAUAACCUUGCUAAGGAGUUAGUGACUCAUGCUUCUCAAAAGAAUUUAGAUUUAGAAGGUUUAAUGAGAGUCUGCUUCGCUCAAGCAACAGCUAGAGCACUAUUUGGGGUUAAAUUCAAAGUAACCGUAGAAGAUAGCAGGAAAAUGGAUAGAAUAUUUAUAGAAACUGCACGUCGUGGCGUACAUUUGUUUUAUGUACCAUCCAUACUAAUGCCACCGAUGCCUAAGGCCUUUAAUAAGUCCCUGAGCGAUGCCAUUAUAGCUAGUAAAAGUAUUAUCUUUGAAAGGCGGAAGCAACUUGUUAGAAACAAAACUUUACUUCAGGAUGACAAACCACAGACCGAACGCGCUCAGAAAAGCCACAUGUUAGACUACAUAUUGGAGUGUCCUGAAUUCACUGAUGAACGAGCUAUGUCUGAGAUAAUACUAUUCCUUAUCGCUGGAAAUGAAACAAGCUCGGCGACAUUAAUGUAUGCAUGCCUCUUAUUAGCCAUGCAUCCGGAUAUACAGGAAAAGCUUUACCAUGAUGUAGUGAGUAUUUGUGGACUAGACGAUCCAAUUACAUUAGAAAAAUUACCCAAAAUAGAUUAUGCGGAACGCAUUAUCAAAGAAACGCUUCGGCUUUUUCCCUCUGCUCCAAUAAUUGGAAGGUAUACGCAAGGGGACCUAGAUAUUGGUGGCAGAGUGAUACCCAAACAUUCGACAGUGUAUCUACACAUAGUUUAUACUCAUAGAGAUCCUAGAUUCUGGCAAGAACCACUGACGUUCGAUCCUGAUCGCUUCUUACAGGAAAAUGCCUCAAAAAUCUACCCAUUCAGCUACAUACCUUUUUCAUAUGGCUCGAGAAAUUGCAUUGGUUUGAGAUUUGCAAUGACUAGUAUAAAGAUAGCAUUGGUAAACCUAAUCCGGAAGGUGAAGGUAUUUACCGAUUACAAAAGUGUCGAAGAUGUCAAAUUGAAGGCCCACUUCUUACUUAGACCGAGAGAUGGAUGGAAACUAAGAUUUGAAGCCAGAAACUGACACAAUGCUUGAGAAGAACUAAUAGUAACGUAUCUAUUAUAAGAUUUUUGUCAAUCUAAUCACUAUGUUAAUAUGCAUUUAUUGAUGUAAAAUAUCACAUGAAAUUUGAAACAACGGAAUGACGAUUUAUUGGUCAAGGUCACUGCGAAAAAAAAUAAAGGAAGAUGAUCUCAAAGGGUUUUGGUUUUCACGCAUUACUUCAUCACGAAUAAAG